AUGGAUCUGUGUGUGACCAUCAAAGGAGUGUCCUUCUUCUUGCAAACAGGUCUGGGCAUCUUGGGGAACGCAGUGGUGCUGUUGGCAUAUGCCCAUAUCAUUUACAGUGAGUCCAAGCUCCUUCCAGUGGACAUGAUCCUAUGCCACCUGGCUCUAGCCAACCUGAUGUUGUUACUGACCCGCUGUGUCCCUCAGACAAUGACUGUGUUCGGGAUGAAGGACCUGCUGAAUGAUCCUGGGUGUAAGGUGGUGAUCUACGCCUACCGCAUUGGCCGAGCUUUGUCAGUUUGCAUCACCUGCAUGCUCAGUGUGUUUCAGGCAGUGACUAUUGCCCCUGCUGGACCUUGUCUGUCCAGAUUAAAGCCUGCGCUUCCAUCGCUGGUUCUCCCCACCUUUGCAGGACUGUGGUUCCUCAAUAUGGCCAUUUGUAUUGCAGCCCCCUUCUUCUCGAUGGCUCCACGUAAUGGCACUGUCCCAGCCUUUACCCUCAACCUGGGCUUCUGCCACGUGGACUUUCGAGACAGCCUGUCCUAUGUGAUUAACGGGGUGGCUGUAUCUGGAAGAGAUUUUGCCUUUGUUGCUCUGAUGGUCGGCUCUAGUGGUUACAUCCUGCUGCUUCUUCACCGCCACAGCAACCAGGUGAGAAGCAUCCGUCGGCCUCAGGGCAGCGGGGCGGAGACCAGGGCAGCCAGAACAGUUCUGACCCUGGUUGUCCUUUAUGUGGUCUUCUUUGGGAUCGACAAUGUCAUCUGGAUCUAUAUGCUGACAGUAGCAAAGGUGUCCCCAGUGGUAGCCGACAUGAGGGUGUUCUUCUCGUCCUGCUACGCCUUUCUCAGUCCCUAUUUUAUCAUUUCUACUAACAAGAAAGUCAAGGCGAAGAUAGUGUGUGCAGCUGAGCAAGACCUGCCGUCAGUGGACACUCAAGAAUCAAAUGACAAAUGA